AUGUAUUCCUCGGAGGAACCGGACGACGUUACAACUUUUCCACAGGCCUGGACUGCAGGCGUUCCUUUCCUCGUCGCUCUUUCGUGCUGUCCCGCCGCCUGCUCCGCAUUCCCAGGGGCCGCCUGCUCCUCACCACAUCUACACCCAGGCGGCGGCAAGGGCGGGGCUUCCAUGAGCAGGACGGCGGCGGCCUCGUGGCGGCGUCGCCCGUCGGCGAAGGGAGCCGUGGAGCCGGAGGCCGCUGGAAUUCCUCGGACGCUGCAGCUCGGCGCCAUGAUCCUCGUCUUGUGCGUCCUGAACAUCUACUUCAAUAUUUACAACAAGCCGGUUCAGAGAGUAUUUCCCUUCCCAUACACCAUCACCACCUUCCACUUCGCAUUCAGCUCCUUCUUCAUCACUCUCAUCUGGCUGCUAAACCUGCAUCCCAAACCAAGGCUCUCCCUUCAACAGUACGCAAAGAUCCUUCCUUUGGCGCUAAUACACGUGAUGGCCAUUGUCUUCGCCAACAUGAGUUUGGGCAAGGUGGCGGUCUCCUUCACGCACACCAUCAAGGCAGGGAACGCCGUUCCACUCUCCGUCUUGUUGCUCAGGCAGACACAUUCUCUACUUGUAUUAGGUUCUCUCGGGUCGGUUGUUGGUGGAGUUGUACUGGCAUCUAUGACUGAAAUUUCUUUCAACUGGAUAGGAUUUUGCAGUGCCAGGGAUUCCAAUGACCAAUCGCGAAAUGCUUUCAGCAAGAAAAUUCUUGCUGAUAAAGAGGAAAAAUUGGACUAUAUAAAUCUCUUUUCAAUUAUGACUAUCAUGUCAUUUUUGUGUUCGGUCCCGUUAACGCUAUAUCUAGAGGGCAUAAAGUUUAGCCCGCUGUUCCUACGGAGCACUGGGUUAAAUCUUCAAGAACUAUGCCUGAAAGCGGGCAUUGCGGCCACUUGUUUCCAUUUUUACCAACAGGUUUCAUAUAGUUUAUUGGCCAGAAUAUUACCUGUAACCCGUUCUCUUGCAGACUUCUUCAAACGAGUUGUCAUCAUAUCAUAUGUUCUCUUCUUCAGAACUCCAAUUUCACCUAUAAAUGUCCUUGGAACUGGUCUGCCUCUACUCGGUGUUUUCAUGUACUCUAGAUUCAAGAAAGCAAAAUCAAAGACAAAUGCUGCAUAA